AUGGCCGCAAGACCACAGCUUUUCACCCGCGGCCUGUCCGGCCUCGCGCAGGGCUCCAGCUCCAACGAAAUCAGCUCUCCGGCCGAGCAGCGCGACGAUGCGAAGCGCAAUCUGUUCAAGUCGAUGCGGCCGCUGCCCACGCAGCAUUACUGGGACGUCUACUUUGACAGACAAGCCAAAGACCCAAAAGCCGGUGCCGGCGAAGGUGAAUACACCGCCCAGCUCGAGAAGAUUGGCACGCAGAUCGAGUCGGUCCAGGACUUUUGGCGCUACAACAACAACACCCCGGUCGAGAACAUCAAGAUGCGCGAGUCAAUAUACCUCUUCAAGUCGGGCUUCCGGCCCAUCUGGGAGGACCGCCGCAACAUCAACGGCGGCAGCUGGACCUUCCGGGUGCCCAAGGCCAUUGGACCCGAUUUCUGGACGCGGAUCCAGCUGCUGGCCAUUGGCGAGAAGCUUCAGAGCGUCAUUGACGAAGCCGACCAAAUCUGUGGCGUUGGUCUCUCCGUCCGCUUCAACUCCCACCUCAUCACCGUCUGGCACCGAGACUCGUCCAAGCAAAACUCCAUCGACGCCCUGAUAGCCUGCAUCCUUGAGGACCUGCCCGCCGAGCUGCAGCCCAAGCCCGACAACUACUUUUACAAGAAGCACUCGGACCACGCGGGCUUCAAGGCCCCUCCUGAGCUCCAGGCUGUUCUCGACACUCAGAAGCGCAAUGCUGCUGUCGCUGCCGCCGCUAAUGCUGCUGCGGCUGCUUCUCCUACUCCUUCCGCUUCGGCUUCUAAUCCUGCAGUGACGAUUGCGUCUCCUCAGUAG